AUGCCCACCAUCCGAAGAGUCCAGCCCUCUGAUCUUUUGCAUCUCAAUCUCUGCAACCUCGAUCCAUACACGGAAAAUUAUGAUUUGAAUUUUUAUCUCACGUAUUUAAUGAGAUGGCCUUCGUUAUUUCAAUGUAUCGAAGAACAUGGCCAGAUCGUCGGCUACAUCAUCGGCAAAGUUGAGACAUCACCUGCGCAUUUACAAGGAACACCACAUUACUUACCGUGGCACGGCCACAUAACAGCUUUGUCCAUCGCUCCACAAUAUCGACGGCUCGGGUAUGGAAAACUUCUCAGUGAGUCUCUCGAGAAGGCAUGUAAUCAACAGAAUGCCUGGUUCGUGGAUCUCUUCGUCCGAGCAAGCAACAAGAAUGCCAUCAAAAUGUAUGAGAGUAUGGGGUACUCUACGUAUCGGACGGUGGUCAAGUACUAUUCAGAUGAUCCAACCGGUGUUUCCACUGAAGGAGAAGACGCAUUGGAUAUGAGGAAACCUCUUGACAGAGACAAGGAUCGAAAACAUGUCCGCGAGAAUGGAGCAAGCUUCAAAGUCGAUCCCGAUGAUGUCUUUUGA